GAUCGUCAACUACUUCAUCUCAGAAUCAAAACUGCGAGAGCAACGACAGCGACGGCCGGCGCCUACUCCAUCUCUUGCUUCUCCCUCGCCGCUUCUUCGGAUACCCCAUCAAAGCCCCGGCCUGCAAGCCUCCUCCUCCUCCUCCUCUGGCUUCGUUUCCCUUCCCUUCCCUUCCCUCUUGACCUUGCUUGGCACCUCCAUCCACGCUUCUCGGAUAAUUCCCCCGCUUCCGACGUUACCUUGCCUUGGACGCGUGCUGCAUCGUCGGCCGGCCGACGCUGGCUAUAUGUGAUCCUUCCAGCCCGGGGAUCGAUGGCGGACCAUUUCGCGGUGAUGGCGGGCCGGCUGCUCACGGCGUCCACGGUGCAGUCCGCCAUCGACGAGGCCUCCAAUGCAGCUUCGUCCUCGACGCCGACGUGCGGUGAAAAGGCCGUCGUCGUCAGCGAAGACGGUGGCGGCGGCAGGCCCAAGAGCGGCGUGCUGGUGGAAUGCAGGAUCUGCCAGGAGGACGGCGACGAGACCUGCAUGGAGGCCCCUUGCUCCUGCAAGGGCAGCUUGAAGUACGCCCACCGGACAUGCGUGCAGAGGUGGUGCGACGAGAAGGGGGACACCAUAUGUGAGAUAUGCUUGCAGCAAUUCACACCAAACUACAAGGCUCCUUCCAAGUUGUUUCAGCAGGGAAGAAACUCCAUCUUCUUCAGAACUCCUGCGUACAUCCAAGCGCAUGCCCGGAGCUCUUCCACCUCGACAAGCUACCAGUAUGAUCGCCAGGCUUCCACCCCGAAAGGUGUAAUCUGUUGUCGCAUAAUUGCUAUAACCCUCAUGCUUCUCCUGGUGCUCCAUGACGCCAUCUCGGUCUACCUCGGCGAUCAAGGCGUCUAUACCGUUGCACUUGUCACCUUGCUCAUGCUUAGAACCGCCGGAAUUGUGAUACCGGUCUACAUCAUCCUGGUCGCGGUGACCGAGCUGCUUUAUCGACGCAGCGAGUGGCAGGCUAUGAACGGUCAGGUUUCUGAACCACCAGCAGCAGCAGGGAGCUCGCAGCCGGUGCCGGUUGCUCCACAGCAACAGCGUGUGAUUAUCACCAUCCAGUAGUGCACCAAGGGGAACAGAUAUGAACAUCAGCCGUCAAGCAUGUCACCUGGAUGCGGUUUUGAGCUUCAGGUGUGCCAUCAUGUCGGCACAAGAGACGGAGGAUAUGUACAUAAUAAU